AUGUCCAGGCACUUUGGGGCAAAAAGCUAAACUCCAGAGAAGCGACAUAGCCUCUUCUUCAAAAGAUAUUUGCACUUUGCUCAGAGUGACUCCACAACUGCAGUCUACUAAAAUAGCGCCUGUGAGGAAGGACUCCGACAUUGCAUCAGAGGAGAGAGAAACAGAAGACUUCUCAUUCCCCAUUACACAGAGUGAAACAAGGGCAAAUCCUAAGCCUCAGCUGAAGUACUUACCUGUGGGUCGGCAGACAAGACCCAACCUCAGCCUGGAACAAACGCCUGCAAGCAAGGCCUAUAUUCAAAACCUUCUGAAGGAGAUGAAAGCCCUAUUUGCUGCUGACAUCGCAUUGGUCUGGGAGGACUUGGGGGCCAUAACAGCUAGACUACAGGCACUGGAGGUCUCUGGUGAAAUUGCAAAAGGCAGACAGGAUGAUCAGCAGUCCGAGAUGGACAAGUUUAAGCAAGCAAACCUCCUCAUGGAAG